CGCAUGCGCAGUGCUUACGCUCUGGAUGCUGCCCAAUAUAGAAAAGCAACCUGCCUGUUCGCCAAGGUAACGUUUCAAAGCAGAAGAAAUGCCUCGAAAUAGUGCAUCCGAUAUGCAAGAUGGAAUGUGUAUUGCCAGCCAAAUGACAAAAUGUGCGGACGCCGAUGCUUUUCCGCGCUCCAAUGGUUUCAUCUUCGGUCCAAAAUGCCACUUGCUUAACUGACAUACGAGGAUAGAGACAUAAAUCGUCAUUGAUAAAGGAAAAUCAAGCGAAUCUACAAAUAUGAACAGUACGCUGCUUAAAAAGCGAAGGCUGGACUGUGUGUAUGCGGUGCUGUUGUGGCUCCAUCACGCUUUGUGGAUGUGCUGUUCAGCGGCCGAAGACCAUCAUUUCAGCGUUGAGGCGUGGUUACAGAGGUAUGGCUACCUCCACAAGACACAACCUAACAUGGCUUUCCUGCGAUCAGUCCAAACCAUGCAUUCUGCUAUUGCUGCCAUGCAGCACAAGUAUGGACUAAACGUCACAGGGAGUCUAGACAAGCAGACAAUAGACUGGAUGAAGAAACCCAGAUGUGGGGUACCAGACCUGCUUGGCGGCAUAUCUGGAUCCCGCAGGAAGAAGCGAUAUGCGCUUACUGGACAGAAGUGGCAACGCACACACAUCACAUACAGCAUAAAAAAUGUCACUCCUAAGGUGGGAGCAAGAGAAACGCAUGAGGCCAUUCGCAGGGCAUUUGACGUAUGGCAAGGUGUCACGCCGCUACGCUUUGAGGCCGUGCCCUACAGCGCUCUGGAGAGUGGCAAACGUGACGUCGACAUCACCAUCAUCUUUGCCUCUGGUUUCCAUGGUGACAGCUCUCCUUUUGAUGGAGAAGGGGGCUUCCUGGCACAUGCUUAUUUCCCAGGGCCAGGCAUAGGGGGCGACACGCACUUUGACUCAGAUGAACCUUGGACACUGGGCAACCCAAACCAUGAUGGUGAGAGAAUGGCAGGUAAUGACCUGUUCCUUGUGGCAGUCCAUGAGCUUGGUCAUGCUUUGGGACUGGAGCAUUCUAAUGACCCCACGGCUAUAAUGGCUCCAUUCUAUCAGUAUAUGGACACAGAGAGCUUCAGACUGCCUCAUGAUGAUCUACAGGGCAUCCAGAAAAUAUAUGGUCCUCCAGACAAAAAUCCUCAGCCUACAAGACUGCUUACGACCGCUACGCCUCCUCGCCUGCACCUACCAACUGACCCUCGAAAGCAUGACCGACAGGGUCGCCCUCAUCGCCCUCCACAGAAGUCAAAACCAGCCCACCCCAACUCCAAACCCAACAUCUGUGACGGAGGUUUCAACACUUUGGCAAUCCUACGACAGGAGCUGUUCGUCUUCAAGGAUCAGUGGUUCUGGAGGGUGCGAGAUAAUUCUGUGGUGCCUGGAUACCCGAUGCAAAUCAACUACUUCUGGAGAGGUCUGCCUCCCAAGAUCGAUGCUGUCUACGAAAACAGCGAGGGGAAGUUUGUCUUCUUCAAAGGCAACCGGUUCUGGGUGUUUAAGGAUACAACUCUACAGCCCACAUAUCCUCAGGACAUUUCUCUUUUUGGCAGUGGAAUGCCCACACAGAGCAUUGAAACAGCUGUUUGGUGGGAAGACGUGGCCAAAACCUACUUCUUCAAAGGGGACAGAUACUGGAGGUACAAUGAGGAUAUGAGAACCAUGGACCCUGGAUAUCCAAAACCUAUUACUGUGUGGAAAGGCAUCCCAGACUCUCCACAGGGAGCAUUUGUGGACAAAGAAAAUGGAUUCACAUACUUCUACAAGGGGAAGGAGUACUGGAAGUUCAACAACCAGAGGCUGAGAGUGGAGCCAGGCUACCCCAGGUCUAUCCUGCGUGAUUUUAUGGGCUGCGACGGCUUACCUGCCGACCCCGACUGGGACUGGAGCCCUCCACAGGAAGAAGAACCACCACAAUAUGACAAUGAUGAUGUUGAUAUCGUACUCAAGCUGGAGAGCAGUGGUGGAGCAGAGAAAGCGGUGGCCAUCGCCAUCCCCUGCGUCCUGGCCCUGUGCAUGAUGGUGCUGCUUUACACCGUGUUCCGCUUCAAGAGGAAGGAUACGCAGCGCCACAUACUGUACUGCAAGCGAUCCAUGCAGGAGUGGGUCUGAGAAUUACGAAUGAAACUAUUUUCAUCUUAAAAAUCCCUUCAAAGGUAAAAAAUUGGCACUGACUUUAUGUUGGUAUUUGUUGGCAGAAAAGAAGGGUGACAAAAACGAACAGCAUGCCAACUUCCAGCUCCCAUUGUCAGCCUUCUUAGAUGGCAAUGUGUCAUUUUUGUAUGGUUUUGGAACUCUGUGUGGCCAUUUUGGUUCCUAGAGUCCAAUGCAGAAGUAAACUGUUACUCUACAAACCAUAAUUAUGAACUUUUCAAUUGAUUUGAGAAUUAUUUAUCAUCGGACUGCUGAUCUGUGUCCCUCCGAAAUACUUGCUGGUGUUGAAAAAACUGAUACCCAAACCAAAUAUGCCCUUAGUGUCCAAAGAGGAUUGCUUCAUUCACAUGGAAUAUUCUGAAAUGACUGGCUUAUCGAUCAUUAUUUGAGUUCCAUUUGGCUGCAUUCAUCUGCAGAAUAUAUGAGAUCUAUCUGCUUGGAAAUCAGAAGGACAUAUAACAUCGGGGCUACAUGCAAUAUUUCGUCGAAUGCCUUAAUCACAUCUUGAGUUUAUUUUUCUGUGUGUUAGUGUACAUGUGCCUGUGUGAAUGUGACCCCUUUCCAUUAACUCCUUUGCUCAUCACUGUCCUUUUGAUGCACUUCUGACUGACGCAGACUUGCAGUAAGAUUUUAAGUGCCGCUGACUGUUUAAAUGUUUAAUUGAAAACAAGUGUAUGGCUGGUGUCCAUGUUCUGUGCUUCUGCGUUUUUAAAGACUCUAAUGCUGAAGAACAGAACAUUAGACAUUUGGUUGAGUGCUUCCAAUCAAUUCAUAGGGAAUUUAUUAAACGGAAGAAUACCGUUUAGCAGAAAAACCUAAUGAACCUUCCUUGAGAAUCAGAUUAUCAACCAUAAAAAAAAAACAUGAAAAUGUUGAAGUUAUACAGUAUAUAAAAACACUUAUAUUAGCGAAGUUUUCAGUGCAAUAUGUAGGCUAGAUUUGCAUUUCCUGAACAAAAUACUUGUGCUUGCAAGGCAGCAAGUGAAUGUUUUGGGUAAAUUUAGCUUUUGAGCUUUGGUUCGGUGAUUAAAAGUGCAUCAUCAACACCACUCAUGUAUCUUCUGUUGACCGUGUUUUCCAGAACCAACCAAUAAUAUAAGAUAGUCUUCGAGGUGUAAAGCCAAUAUUGAUACGUAAACUGCAUUGCCAUAUUCCAUUCAUUAUUGUGCAUGAACACAGUUGUUCGACAUAUGCACACUAGUAAGUUUCAUCUUUGUUCAGUGUCUCUGCUACUAUACUUCACAAUUUACUACCAAAUUAUAUUUAAUAUUCAAUGAAUUUAACCUAUACUAAAAUGCACACUUUGUUUUAACAUCACACAGAUUUGAGCCAUGUGAGUUACAAAUACUGCUCUGAAGUGCACAUGCUCUCAAGUGGCCAAGACCGCAAGUGUUGGCAUUGGAACAGACCCACGGUUAGAAAUAUCUGACUGUGCUGCUGAUAAAAAUGUACACUGUACGCAUACCCUAGUGUAUGCAUAAAAUCAGAAGUAUACAAUAAGCUUAAAAAUAAUGUAUCCAUAUUUAAUUUGACACAAUUCAAAAAGAUGCACUGAGGCAUAAAAAUACAAUCUUUUCAAUGGGCUGUACCUCACUGUCAAUCAUUCGGCUUUCCAGCGGAAACAAAACUUUUGUAUUGUACAACCAUUUGCACGUCUAUCUUUCACAGCAUUUUUAAAAAUUUGGGUCAAAUUAAAUAUGCAUUUUAUCCUGACUAAGGUAUAUAAUAUAAAAUAUAUGCUAAGAACAGGCCAAUGAGGAUGUGUACUAAUGCAGAACGUUGACCAAAUUACAUAAAAUAAAUAAAUUGACACAAAAUAUUGUUUUGAGUCUAAACUAUUUUAUAAAGUACCCAGACAAGUGGUCUGAUAUACAGUGUUGCCGUAGAUGGUGAAUUUUAGGAAACAGUGGAUGCUUAAUGCUGUGUUUUACUAGUCAGAGUAGAAGCACAAAAAGAGGUUUUAUUACAGCGCUGCCUUGCAAACACCCAAAGUUUACUUUAUAAAGUCCAAGCUUGAGCGGCUCAGUUACUCUUUUCAGUGGCUUCCUUAUUUCAGGCACAGGUUUGAGUAAAAUAGCAUUUGUUGCACAGCUAAAGGGAACUAAAAUACUGUAGACUGCAAUCAGAGAACUAGCUUCACUGCUUAUUUCUGCUUUCCAUGUAAAAAUAUUUGUUAGCAUGAUCAUUCUCAGAGUGUAUCCACCACUAAACACAUCAAAUGUUGCCGUUUGAUAUUCCUUUUGAGUGUUUCUUGGAAGUGGAGUGAUGUAUAUCGUCAUAUGCCUUGUUUUAUCUUUCGUUUUAUGAACUGAUCUAUAACGGACUAUGGUGUUUCUCGCCAUGCCAUCAGCAUCAGCCUUCCAAAUCCACAUGAAUUUCCAUGCGUGAACUGUUGUUUUCAUUAUAAACGGAAGAAUAUCUCGAGAAUAUGCCCCGUUCUACCUUUGAGGUCACUGAGUAUUGGAUGUGUAUCUGAACAUGUUGUAUAUAUAUAUCUCAUGUAGAGUCUUUAUUACGGAUAUGAAAGGCACAUUAUGCAGUACAUCAAUAAUAAGAUAUUAUCUAUUA